GUACCCACCCUCCCCUCCCUAUUCUCCCAUACGCAGUUACGCACCACAAUGUUCACACUCGAUUUUUUCCCUCUCUCUUUCUUGAAUUUUUUAUUUUCCUGGAAAAUUCAAGCCCAAGGGGAGACAAGUGCGUCAGAGACGAACCCGAUCAACAUUCAUCUCGUACACAUACAGAGGUAGGAAGAGAGAAGUCAAGAGUGUGUCAUUGAGAUUUGCGACGAGAGAGAAGAUCUCGAGCAGAUCAGGGUGAUUUAAAGCAGAGGCGGCGAGAAUUUAUUGAUAUGAUAUGAGAGCUUUUUAGAGAGAGAUUAACGCCGCUGGCAACUCUCUCUCUAUCCUCUUUUCUUACCCAUUUCUCUCUGACGCCAUAUUUUCAUACUCUGACGCCAUUUCUCCUUCCCUCCAUGCAAGGCUGGUUUUUUUCUUUUAAGCUUUCCUGACUGUUUAAUUAUUAUUUCUCGCUAGUUUUUCCACAUCUACUUGAUUUUCUUACUUGAAUUUUUCCACUAUUCUCUUUCUCUGGGUUCGGUUGAGGGCACCCACCAUUGUUCUCUCUGGUUGGCUGUUGUGAGCGUAAUCAGACAUCAACGUGUCAUUAAGGGGAGGAAAUCAGUGGGGACAGCGUGAAAUUCGAGGUGUUAGUGUGAAGGCAGAGGCUGUCUUUGUCCAAUGUGUAUUAUGGUCUGCUGGUAGUGUGUUUCAUAGGGAGGGACAGAUAGAAAUCUCCAUAAGAACCCGCCAUUUCGGGUCUGGGUUUUGAGAUUGUGCCUGGCUGGAGAAACGUCUCCAAAUUUGUCAUCUGAUAAAUAGGGAAAAUUGGUGCUGUGGUGGUAUGGGCAGUUUCAGACAAUACAGUGGCUUAGUUUGUAUACUUUUGUGAAGGUUCUAUUGUGGUUUUUGGCUAUUCGUUAGGGUAAUUUGGGGAUAGAAAAAAAAUGAAGUUUAUGAAGUUGGGGUCGAAGCCUGAUGCGUUUCAAGCAGAAGGCAAAUCCAUCAGGCAGGAUGCUGUUUCCAUUGUAUGAACUCAUCGUGAUCAAUGUGCUCAUGCAGGUAUGUGUCAUCUGAGCUGGCUACAGAUGUCAACAUAAAUGUUGGUGAAGUUAAGUUUUACCUCCACAAGUUUCCUAUCUUGUCAAAAAGUAAUCGCUUGCAAAAACUAGUGUUGAAAGCUAAUGAGGAGAAUUCUGAUGAAAUUAAUAUGCUUGAUUUUCCUGGUGGGCCAAAGGCUUUUGAAAUUUGUGCUAAAUUCUGCUACGGAAUGACUGUUACUCUCAAUGCUUACAAUGUAGUAGCUGCUCGUUGUGCAGCUGAGUACCUUGAGAUGACUGAGGAUAUUGAACGAGGGAACCUUAUUUUCAAAAUUGAGGUAUUUCUGAACUCCAGUAUUUUCCGAAGCUGGAAGGAUUCCAUCAUUGUUCUUCAAACCACGAAAUCUCUUCUGCCUUGGUCUGAAGAUCUGAAGAUUGUGGGAAGAUGCAUAGAUUCUAUUGCGUCUAAAACCUCUGUGGAUCCUGCAAACAUUACUUGGUCAUACACAUAUAAUAGAAAGUUAUCAGUGCCUGAUAAAAUAGUUGAAGAUGGUAUUAAGUUUCGAGAGAAAAUUGAAUCUGUUCCAAGGGAUUGGUGGGUUGAAGAUAUGUGUGAGCUGGAUGUUGAUCUCUACAAGCGAGUUAUGAUUUCUGUUAAAUCAAAGGGAAGAAUGGAUGGUACAGUUAUUGGGGAGGCACUGAAAACUUAUGCAGUCAGAUGGUUGCCAGAUACAUUUGAUGAAAUGGUUUCUGAUGGUUGUACUUGGAAGUACAAAUAUCUGGUGGAAACACUGGUUUGUUUAUUGCCUUCGGACAAGGGUGUAGGCUGUCCAUGUAGUUUAUUGCUGAAAUUGUUGAAAAUUGCCAUAUUUGUUGGAGUGGAUGAUUUGCCUAGGGAAGAUUUGGUAAAGAGAAUCAGUUUAAAGUUGCAUGAGGCCUCUGUUAACGACUUGCUGAUCCCAGCACAGUCCCCUCAAACCACAUUAUAUGAUGUGGAAUUGGUAAAAUGCCUUGUGAAUCGUUAUAUGACAAAUGAGAAGUAUAGUCAAGAUUUGAGUGUUGAGAAGAAUGACGAUGAUUUUGUUUUGUGGCAUGGGCAUGGAUACGUGUUGGAUGUUGGAAAAAUAAUUGAUGGAUAUCUUUCAGAAAUUGCAAAUGACCCAAAUCUCACCCUUGUCAGUUUUAUUGACUUGUCACAAUCUAUUCCCGAGUCUGCUAGACCAACUCAUGAUGGACUGUACAAAGCCAUUGACACCUAUCUAAAGGAGCAUCCCAGUUUGACAAAGGCUGAAAGAAAGAAGAUAUGUGCACUGAUGGAUGUCAAGAAACUGACAACAGAUGUAUCAACGCAUGCUGCACAGAAUGAGCGGCUCCCGCUUCGUGUUGUGGUCCAAGUUUUAUUUUUUGAGCAGGUCAGAGCAAGUGCUGGUGUUCAAGCUCUUAAAAACAAUACACGUGAUGCUUCAAAUUCAAUGACAAACACGGAUGAAGAAUGUGAGAAGACAGCAGCAGAUGAUAACAACUAUCUCAAGAGACAGAUGAGUAAACUGAAGAUAAAAGAUGAAGAAUUCCAGAAAAACGGAAAACUGAUGAAGAAAAACAGCAAGAACAACAAAAGUGGCAUGCAGUUGCUGCCAUCUCGAUCAAGGAGAAUAUUUGACAAGUUGUGGGUCAUCGUUAAAGGGCAUGGAGAGAACAGAAGCUCAGAGACAUCUGGGAGUUCACAGAGCGCAACAUCAAUGGUUCCAGGGGACACCAAGUCCUCUGGUUCAUCCUCAAGACAAAGGAGACAUUCUAUCUCCUAAGAGAGGAAUUCAAACUUCAUCAGCAGUAAACCGUGAAUGAAAACUAAAAUCUGUUUCAAGUGUAAAAAGUGGUAGGAUUUUUGUUUUAGUUGAUAAUGAUGGGUUUAUCUUUUUUAUCUUUAUCCUAUCCGGAAAAAUGUAAUAAUUUUUUUUCCUUUUUUAUUGGGUUUUUUCGUGGGGGCUGGCUAGUGUCUAACAUCUGUUGGUUCCAUUAUCAAGAUUAUAUAUGUCUAAUGUGAAUCACGUAGGUUAUCCCAGAAAUAUUGAAUAUUGUUCAUGUAGUAAAAGUUUUUGGGCUUCUUAUUAUGAA